AUGGCGAUUAAGUUAGUCAUUGGAGGGUUCUCCUUGAACAUCAUUAGUGCUUACGCGCCGCAAGCGGGAUUGGGCGAGAAGGAAAAGAGGCGCUUUUGGGAGGACUUGGACGAAGUGGUGGGAAGUAUACUGCCUUCUAAGAAGUUAUUUGUAGGAGGAGAUUUCAAUGGGCAUAUUGGUUCUGUUUCGAGGGGUUAUGACGAUGUGCAUGAGGGGUUUGGCUUCGGGGACAGGAAUGAAGAAGGAGUCUCACUCCUGGAUUUCGCAAAGGCCUUUGGAUUGGUGAUAGCCAACUCGAGUUUUUCAAAGAAGGAGGAGCACUUGGUAACCUUUAGUAGCUCGGUGGCAGCGACGCAGAUAUAA